AUGACCAACAGCAGCUCCAAGGCAUCAGGGGAGGCCCCUGUAGACACUCUAACCUCACAGUCAAACCUGAGACAUGAGCAACAAAGCAAACAAGACUGCAAGGAAACUGCGAAGACAACUGGAUCCAAACGAGGACGGGCUGAAGGUAUCCCAAAGGAAGAUGCUGUCGUGCUUAAAGAGUGGAGUUUUAAGACCAGUGAGCCAUCAAUCACUGAUGGCAAAACAGGUCAAAUGACAGCAAGACCUCAACCAGUCAAUGCAAAAGAGCCAAUCAAGACCUUUGUGUCUGAAAAUGGGGACAUGAUGGAUAGAGAUGAAGAGAGAAUCAGGAAGAUCUUUUCAGUGCGAGCAAUCACCCAGACAAUCACAGAGGGGGCAUGCAGUGAUUUAGACAAACUGCGUGCCAUCUGGAUCUGGCUUUGCAACUACAUUGAGUAUGAUGUGAAGGGCUAUCUGGGCUUUUCUAAGAUGGUUUACUCUCCUGAGCAGGUCAUUUUGACUGGACGAGCUGUGUGCUCUGGUUACUCCAGUGUCUGUUUACAGAUGUGCAGGGAAGCUGGUAUUGAGUGCAGAGAGGUGUCGGGCUAUAGUAAAGGCGCUGGUUACCGGCCGGGUCAGAGUUUCCGGAACACUGAAUCUGACCACAGCUGGAAUGCAGUGUGUCUGGAUGGACAAUGGUUCCUGUUGGAUGCCUGCUGGGGCGCUGGAUAUGUGGACCUAGACAACAGAGCCUUUAUAAAGAGAUAUAAAGAGUACUACUUUCUGACCGACCCUGAGAACUUCAUCGACUCUCACUAUCCUGAAGAGGAGGAGUGGCAGCUGUUGGAAAGCCCCAUUAAGAUUGAAGAGUUUGAGAAGAGGGUGCUGAAAAAGCCUGACUUCUACACACUAAACUUAACUCUCAAUCACCCGAAACACUUCCUUAUAGUUACAGAGAAUGGCGAGGCGACGGUAUCGAUGAGUUUCCCUCAGCUCGUCCAUUUCACCUAUCGGAUUUCCCAGCUCAGUGGCAAAAAACCACAAGAAGUGAGCAACUCCAUCGGCUUUCUCACCAGCACGCAGCAGAGCAUGAAGCUACGCCUCAUGCCCCCAAAGCCUGGCACGUAUGAGCUCGAGCUUUUUGCUCGAGCUGGAAACACACCCAAAACAUUCAACUGGAUCUGUUCCUUCCAGCUAAAAUGUACAUCACCCAAGACUUCAGAAGAGCUUCCCGAGAAUCCCCACACGUGCUGGGGCCUGCAACCAGAUGCGAUGAGUUUAGGACUCGAGCCUUGCAAUUAUGGGAAUGACAUCAUUUCACUAGAGUCUGGAUCGUUUAGGUUAGUCUUAAAGACUACUAGACCACUUAUGGUGUUGUGUGAACUGAGCCAUAAGAACCUGGAUAAGACUUUAGCUGAGAAAUGCUUGGCCAUUCAGCCUGAGCCCGACCAACUCACAUGUAGCGUUCUCUGUCCUUACUAUGGUUACUACCAUCUGUCUGUGUUUGUAAGGGACUGGGCGAAUGAAGCAGACAGCUUCGAGAAUGCAGGCAACUUUCUUCUUCACUGCACAGCUGGUGCCGUCAACCUGAAUGAGCUUUUUCCCAGUGGCCUCAGCAGUUCCUGCGGUCCUGGUAUCACGACUCUGGAGGCCGGCCUCUUCGAGUUCAGCCAUACAGAAGCUCUGGUUUACACACAGCAAGGAAAGUGCGACAUCACCUUCCAAAACCGUCAAGAUAUAGAUCUCCUCUGCAAAUUAACUAAAGAACAGGGCGAUCAACCAGCAAGUCAAACCACCCUUUCAAACCACGUCCUCUUCACUCACAAUGGGAGCAAAGUCACCAUAAGCAUCAACCUACCUGAGUCUGGAGUCUACAAGCUUGGCCUCUAUGGAAAAACAUCAUUAAAACAAGGAUACCCCCUGCUGUGUGAUUACAUCCUGAAGAACACCUCUAUCAACAAGUGGCCUCCAUUUCCACGCAUGUACGGAUCCUGGAAGAAGGGCAGUGUGCUGUUUGAACCUCGCGCAGGGCAGCUAGAGGCCUCGUCCUGGGUGAAAUUUCGUGUACAAGUCCCAGGGGCCCGAAGAGUGAGUGUGGAAGGAGAUCAGAGUGUGGAUCUCCAGCUCAGUGAGAGUGGGGUUUGGGAAGGGAAGGCGUUUACAGGCAGAGGACCAGAGCUCCACCUUGCUGCCAGCCUAAACGAGGCCUCCAAUAAUACGAUGACCUUCCUGAUGGCCUUCAGUGUGGUGGAACCAGAACAUGAGAAAGGAUCUACAGCUCAUAUGCAUUAA